AUGACAAGAUGUGAUAACACCGAGAAUCAUCAGCCCAACUAUGUAUUUAAGAAGCACACAUACAUUCUCAACUCCUUAUAUCUCAAGAUAGAAAUUUACUUCAACAAUGCUAAAGCUCUCGCCGUUUUCACCUUCACUGCCACCAUCGCACCAGUAGCCUCUAAAAGUAACAUCUCCCGUCGAGUUGAUUCCAAGAAUGACGACACUUACGGCAAAUACGAUAAACAAGACAAGCUAUCCCACGAAGACGCGUUCAAGAAGCACCGCGAGGAGGUCGAAAAGCAUAUCAAGCCGAACAACGAUACUGGCGAAAAGAACAAACCGGAUUUCAAGGUUGGUGGUAGCGAUGUUUGUUGA